UAGGUUGGGGGGCAAAUUUCAACCCCGUUGAAAGACGAGGAGGAGAUCUGGCAUGGAUCUCGAAGAUUUAGAAGAACUAGCAACAGAGCUGCACGGAAAGGGGAAGAACUGGGACCUUUCCCAGAUUUUGGCAGGCGCCGGCUUCACCCUGUACGUGGCAUGGGCUGGACUGCGGGCGCUCGGGCUCCGCAGGGCGUCCCUGCAGGUGCCCUAUGUGCCCUCCAGUGCCAAGCAAGUGAACAAUAUGAUGUCACUGCUAAAAGGACGCUCCGGCAAGCUGGUGGAUUUAGGGUCGGGCGAUGGGAGAAUUGUCCUGGAGGCUUACAGACGAGGAUUCAGACCCGUGGUGGGCUACGAACUCAACCCGCUGUUGUUGCGACUGUCCAGCUUCCACGCCUGGCGAGCCGGUUGCUACGGAAAGGUUUCGUACUGCCAAGAAGACUUUUGGAAGGCAAAUCUCUCCGAUUGCAACAACGUCACUGUGUUCCUGGCCCCGAGUGUGGUACCCCCGCUGGAGAGAAAGCUGCUUUCUGAACUCCCAGAGGAAGCCUGCGUGGUGGCUGCCCGCUUCCCGUUCGUCAAAUGGACACCGGCCAGCGUGGCUGGGGAUGGUUUGGAACAAGCUUGGGCCUACAUCAUCAGGGACGUGCGGCGGGCAGAACAGGCCACGGCAGGAGGAAGCCCACAGGAAGAGUCAAACCCAGUUCCGGAAGAGGAAGCCGUACAAGAAAAAUGAUGGAGGGAAGAGCAUUGAUCCUUUUUUUCCCACUGAGGUUGCUGUUAAGAAUAUAUUGCCAUUGUGCCUUUGCUUAGCCCAGAGUGCCACUGAGAUGAACCGCCACGGAUGACCACAUCCGUGGCCGAAGUGUAGCAGAAGAUGGAAAAUCAGAAGGUCCUUAUUUUUGAAAAGAACGGUUGAAUGUUUUGAGGAACCAGUGGGUCCUUUCAGAGAGAAGCAGAGUUCUAGUAAUCAUCUAGGGAAGUAAAGAUGCCCAAAAAGACAGGAUUAGUAGGAUCACCGCAGGAAGAGACAGAGGCUGCUGAUCUUCUAUCCCCGCGGGGCUGAUCUCUUGCGAUCCCUCAGCCAGGUUGAGAAAUGAGAAUAAUCAUCUUUAUCUUUUCUCCGGGCUCACGUGAGGGCAAACGCUAAAGGCUGGAUCAAAUUGUGUUAAGUCCGUGUUAGAGUAGACCAACGGAAUCGUAAGCAUGUCUUAAUUCAACACCGAUGCCGACCGGCCGGCUCAGCGGGUCAACCCUUAACUGGGUCAAGCAGCUGGAUUUAGGCCUAUGAUAGUAAAGCACUUGGUCAAUUAAUAAUCCAAUGUAUUACUCGUCUUACAAAGGUAAUGUUUGGAAGAAAUGCAUGUAAAACUGAGGCAGUCUGGAAAGUAAAUUCCCUUUAAAAUGAAUUCAAACCUGCUCUCACAACAGACCCAACGCUUCUCUUUCGUAUACAAUAAUGGCGAGUUUGUUUUUUGUUUUAAAAACAUUGAACUAUGUAAGGAAGGCAGCCAACGAGGCGGACCUUUGACAAACAGCACCAUGAAGACUGGAGGGAGGCACUUCAGUUACAAAUUGGUACUUAAUUUGCAUUUAAUUCAUUUUCCCAGUUUAAAAAGGUGUAAGUUAUGUCACGAUUGUAACUAGAGAUGGGGGCAAACCACCGGUUCGGUAAUUCGUGCCAGUUCGUUUUUCGGGCGAACUGUUCGGUGCUUCCUAGCCUCACCUCCUCCUCCGUGGGCACCCACUCAGAAGCAGCACUCGGAAGAAGCAGGGCAAGGGAGCCAGGACGUGGGGUCUGGGUAGGCGCCGGUUAGGGGAGGUGGGGCUCCGAAGCGCCGAAAAUACCCGUUCGGCCAAAACACGAAUCGGUACGAAUUGCCGAUUCGUGCCGUUCUCUCGCUGUAACUUCAUCAGCUAUAACUUCAAUCUGUCUACAGUGUAACAGAAACCGUGAUAGCGACUUUUAUGGCGUGGAGGAGACCUCACUAUAGCGUGGGGGAGAAAUACCACGUUGGUUCAUGCCAUGCUUCACGCUGAACUCUUGGUUUUUGAAGUGAUGGCAAGACAGGUGGGGAAGUGUGUGCAUUUUAGUACACCGAGUCAUUACAGUCAUGCCCCGCUGGAUGAUUACCCCGCUCUACGAUCAAUCCGCUUUACGCUGACGUUUUUAAAACGAUGUUUUAAAUGGGUUUUUUUCAUUGUGCGAUGAUUGGU